GCCUUGCCGCUAAGGCUGCAUUGAGCGCCCAAGCACCCACUCACCUCUCAGACAAUUUCAAUAGGUAAUCAGGGCAUUUCAACGAAUCCAACCUGGCAAUUGACAUCCGGCCACAGCUCAAUUGAGCGCACAACCACGCCUACAAGAUGCUCUUACGAAACGCAGCGCCUUCGAGGGCGUCUUCGAAGACAUUUUCGCGGGCUGUCGUCUCCUCUACCCAGGCCCAGCAGUCCCGGACCUUCGCAACCGUCCAGGAUGGCGCCCCGAAACAGCGCACCUACGGGGGGUUGAAGGACCAGGACCGCAUCUUCCAGAACCUCUACGGCCGGUACCCUCCCGAUCUCAAGCAUGCGAAGAAGAUGGGCGAUUGGCACAAGACCAAGGAGAUAAUCCUGAAGGGCCAUGACUGGAUCAUCAGCGAGGUCAAGGCGUCUGGGCUGCGGGGGCGAGGAGGAGCUGGAUUUCCCUCGGGUCUGAAAUGGUCCUUCAUGAACUUCAAGGACUGGGAUAAGGACAGCAAGCCACGGUACCUAGUCGUCAACGCCGACGAGGGAGAGCCAGGAACCUGCAAGGACAGGGAGAUCAUGCGCAAAGACCCGCACAAGCUGAUCGAGGGCUGCCUCGUAGCCGGGCGUGCCAUGAACGCCACGGCUGCCUACAUCUACAUCCGCGGCGAAUUCUACCACGAGGCGGCGGUCCUGCAGAACGCCAUCAACGAGGCCUACAAGGAUGGCCUGAUCGGCAAGAACGCGUGCGAUUCAGGCUACGACUUUGACGUCUACCUCCACCGCGGCGCUGGUGCCUACGUCUGCGGCGAGGAGACGUCGCUGAUCGAGUCGCUCGAGGGGAAGCCCGGCAAGCCCAGGCUCAAGCCGCCUUUCCCGGCCGCGGUGGGCCUAUUCGGUUGCCCGUCGACGGUGGCUAACGUCGAGACGAUAGCCGUGGCGCCUACCAUCUGCCGCCGUGGUGGGAGCUGGUUCGCCGGGUUCGGUCGCGAGCGGAACCAGGGUACCAAGCUGUUCUGCAUCAGCGGGCACGUCAACAACCCGUGCACCGUCGAGGAGGAGAUGAGCAUCUCGAUGCGCGACCUUAUCGAGAGGCACUGCGGUGGCGUGCGUGGUGGCUGGGACAAUCUCCUGGCCGUCAUCCCCGGCGGCUCGUCGACCCCCAUCCUGCCCAAGCACGUGUGCGACGACCAGCUGAUGGACUUUGACGGCCUCAAGGACAGCCAGUCUGGUCUCGGUACCGCCGCCGUCAUCGUCAUGGACAAGAGCGCCGACGUCGUCCGGGCCAUCUCGCGCCUGUCCCACUUCUACCGCCACGAAAGCUGCGGGCAGUGCACGCCCUGCAGAGAGGGCAGCAAGUGGACCGAGCAGAUCAUGGGCCGGUUCGAGAAGGGCAUGGGCCGCGAGAGGGAGAUCGACAUGCUCCAGGAACUGACCAAGCAGGUCGAGGGCCACACUAUCUGCGCUCUUGGAGAGGCGUUCGCCUGGCCCAUCCAGGGUCUCAUCCGCCACUUCCGCCCCGAAUUAGAAGCACGCAUGGAGAAGUUUGCAAAGGAGAACGGCGGCUCAGCAUUGGCCGGUGGGUGGCGGCACGACACGCGGCAACAGGGUAAGCUGGUGUCGCCGGGGAUGUAAAAGGGAUGAAGCAGCCCUGGAUCGCGCCGCAGCAAUAACCAAGGUCAAAUGAGAGGCGGGGGCAGUGGCGUCUCUCAAUCCUCAGAAAAUGGAAAAGAAAAAGAAACAAAAAAGAGAAGGGACUACGAUCCUGUAAUCUGUGCAUACGUAGACUAGGCCCUGCAAGGCUGUAUUGUAUCUAUUCUGACUGUUUGACCUUCGACGCUGACACCUACCGAGUGAAUGACUGGUUAAGCGGUGGUUGAUGCGAUGUGGUUUAAGUUGCCGAACCAACCCCCAACCUUUCCGAUUUGCACAGUG